UCAACACUCUCUCUCUAGGCCCCUUAAAUAUGGAUAUUCUUUUUACCGUAUUCGCAUAUUCCAACAGGUAUAAAAUUCCCCUUCAUUUCUCUUCCUUCGAUUUCAUUGCUAUCCCUUCGUUUUCGUUAUCUUAUUGCGUCAGAUUCCGGCAAAAUUUCACUUGCGUUCCGGCGGUAGACCAAAAUCCCGGCGACUUUCAGGCACGUGGGGAGAUUUCAUCGACAUUUGAGCGAAUUUGCGCUGAAUUACGGCGAAUUUGUGUUGGACAUUUUGGGGUUGCAUUUUUUUUGUAGGAUUUACAGGUACCAAUUCUCAGGCGAGUUUCUGGCCAUCAUACGUCCGUUUCCGGCGAUUUUCUGGCCAUCAUACGUUGGUUUCCGGCGAGUUUCCUUGGUUCCAGCUUUACUUGAUUCCAAUUUCCCUCGAAUUUCUGGAGCGUAAGUUGUGUUCCGGCGAGUUUGUGCCAAAAUUCUGGCCACUUUACAGCGAAUUUGUGGUGAAGAUUUCUUUGAUUCCGGCGAGUUUUCUCGGAUCCUAGGGCUAGUCUCUCUCUCAAAUUCCUCCGAGAAGGGCUUUUCUCUCUCGCUCUUCAAAUUCCUCAAGGGGCCGAUCUCUCUCUCCCCACUCUCUCACUCUGAAGUUCUUCCUGAAAGGGCAUAAUUCUCCGUCUUGUACAAAUCCUCCCUCUCUUGCAACGAUGAAGUUUGGGAAGAGCUUGAGCAAUCAGAUCGAGGAGACUUUACCAGAAUGGAGGGACAAGUUCCUCUCUUAUAAGGAAUUGAAGAAGAAGCUCAAAUUGAUCGAGCCAAAGGCCAACAGUAAUGGAAAUGGAGAUGAAAACUGCAAAAAUAAGCGUGUUAAAUACAGUAGUAACGAUGAGAAGGAGGGUGUCACUGCGUCUAUGACCAAGGAAGAGGAGGACUUCAUUCGAUUAUUGGAAGAUGAGCUCGAGAAAUUCAAUGCCUUCUUUGUUGAGAAAGAGGAAGAAUACAUCAUCAGGCAAAAGGAGUUGCAGGAUGCAAUAGCAAGGGCCAAGGUCUUUCCUGAAGAGAUGAUAAGAAUCAAGAAGGAAAUUGUGAACUUUCAUGGGGAAAUGGUUCUUCUGGAAAAUUACAGUGCUCUCAAUUACACAGGCCUUGUGAAGAUACUGAAGAAAUAUGACAAAAGGACCGGUGCUUUGAUCCGCCUACCCUUCAUUCAAAAGGUUCUAAGGCAGCCAUUCUUCACUACGGAUCUCCUCUUCCAGCUCGUGAAGGAAUGUGAGCUUAUGCUCGAUCGUCUUUUUCCAGCUGAUGAUCCGUCUAUUUCAGGUGACCAAACUGAAAACACCGAACCCAACUCAUCAAAUUCUAAUGUUUCAUCGAUGCCGAGAGCUUCACAAGAUUUAGAAGACAUAGAAUACAUGGAAAGCCUAUACAUGAAGAGUGCCAUGGCUGCUCUUCGCGUCUUGAAAGAGAUUAGGAGUGGGAGUUCAACUGUUAGUGUUUUCUCCUUGCCUCCCCUGCAAAACACUGGACUGGAGGAGCCUUGGAGUAAGAUUCCCACUUUAGAACAGAUUCAAGUAACAAAAUAGUGAAAGUUACACAGAGAGAGAGAGAGAGAGAGAGAGAGAGAGAGAGAGGUAUGUGUGGUGGCCUCCCUUCAGUGUCAGGCUUGAGGCCUUCUUAUACUAUGGAUGUUUUUGUUCUUUGGGGCUUAUAGAUUCUAAACAGUCUUUUUUCUAACUAUUUGGGGUUGGCAAAGCUUGUGGAUUUUAAACACACUUUGUAUAAUUACAAUCGAAAGUUUUACUA